UGUCAAAAAUCAAUUUGCAGAGGGCGCUGUAAAUUGCUCGGCCACGUAAGUCAGGGUCGUAUUUUUCUUGACUUUAUUGCUUUAAUUACGUUGUUUUACGCUCCCUUUUAAUAUGUGAGAACAGUGCAAUAGUGUAAAAGUGUGUGUACAGUUUUCCGUCUCAAUAUUCCGUUCCGAUCGCGAUUGAGGAACGAUGUCCAAUUUACCACCAAACCCGUAUAGCAACUUGCCCGGGGUUCCGCCAACGAACGCCAACAUGGGGCCACAGCCACAGCUGUUCAAUCAGAACCCUCCUAUCAGCCAGCUGCCUCCCGGCUAUGGACAAAAACAGGACACAAACUCAAACACUCCUCAACACCUGCCAACGUCAAUGCCCCAGAAUACCUUCGCCGGACAAGCUCCAAAUGUGAAUCAUUUCAAUCAAAGUGGAAGCAGUUCACCUGCCUUCAACAAUUCAGGAAUGAUGCCACCUGUGCAAACUAGUUUAGGCUCGUCUCCAAUAAGACCACCAUUAAAACCUGUGACUCCAACUGGAUACCAGAAUUCUCAGCAUGUUCCUCUCUCGUCAGCCAGCCCACAAAUAGUGUCUAAUGCAAAUCCUCCUAAUCCAUACCCUCCUAACAUUCCACCUCAACAACGACAGAUAAAUGACAAUGCACCUCCACUCAUUGCAUCUAGUCAGUUCCAACCUGUCAUGAAUGGUCCCAAUCUACAGCCAUCAAGCCAGUACCCAGUGUUUUCAAGUGCACCACAAGCAGUGUUACCGCCUAAUGUUAAUAGUGCCUACAGACCUACAAUUGGACCACAAAUUCCAAAAGGAACGGGCUCUCCACUACCACCGGGACCCCAAGGGCCAACCAGUCAAGCUAACAUACCAUUUUCUGGGCCUCCACAACCAGGGCAGAUGAGAAGCAGCCCAUUAAUAUCUAGUCCCCCCUUGAGUGGUCCACCAACAAGUGCUCCAAUCACAAUUGCACCCACAGCAGCUCCAUCAAAUGUGCCUUUAGGAGUAAAUGGACCAUCAAGCCAACCAGGAAGACACCCACAAGGUCCACCUACAUCUGUGCCUAAUAUGGUGCCACCAAUGGGUCGUCCACCAAGUGGCCCACCAUCUACUGGUGGGUCCGUUUAUCCACCUGUUAGUGGUUCUCUUGGACCAGGCAUGCCACCAAAGCAGAUGUUCCCAGGCCCAAAUUUAAAUGGACCUUCAGGCCCAACACAACUUGCAAGACCACCUGGUUCUUUUCCUCCAGGUUCAUUCACAGCUCCUAAUCUACCACCAAUGCAAGCUCCUCCUGGACCCCAAAGCUUACCUCCUACCAGUCUCCAAAGCUUACCACCUACAAGUUUACAGCAACAGUCUGCUGUGCCUAAAAUGCCACCUGGACCGCCAGGACCUUUAAACAUGCAGUCUGGACCAACUAGCAUGCCUCCUGGUCCUUACAAUAUGCAACCGGGGCCCCCUACCAUGCCUCCUGGGCCUCCAAACAUGCAAUCUGGGCCUCUGGGACCUCCAAAUAUUCAACCUGGGCCUCAUAACACACCUACAGGACCAAACAUGCAAAUAAGACCCAGCAUGCCUUCCGGGCCAAUACAAUCAGGACCAAACAUGCCAGCUGGAAUGCCACCUAUGCCUGUACCUCAAAGCACGUCAGGAGUCCCACCAGGGCCACCUAAGGGCAACAUGCAGAACAGAUAUCCACAAAUGCCCCAGAGCAACUUUAACAAUCAACCAAUGAUGCCUGCGCAACCUAGUACGGCUCAACCUGUUAUGAACAGACAGUAUCCUCAACCGCAAUACAAUGCUCAGCAGUAUAAUACCCAGGGUAUAACUCAGCAGAUGGGUCAGUUGAGUGUCACAAAGCAAGGCUUUGACCAGCUCUGGGGUCACCAGAUGAUAGAUUUGCUGCAGUGUACAAAUAUAUUGCCUGAGUAUGCAGACGAACCACCAGAGAUACGUCUCGGCCACCAAUUUGCGGAGUCAUCUAACUGCAGUCCUGAGAUCUUCCGGUGUACGAUCAACCGUAUACCCGAGACGAACAGUCUGCUGCAGAAGUCGCGCUUGCCCCUAGGAAUACUAAUCCAUCCAUUCAAGGAUCUCAAUCACCUGCCGGUGAUACAAUGCUCUACGAUAGUGCGGUGCCGCGCGUGUCGGACGUACAUCAACCCGUUCGUGUACUUCGUGGACGCCAAGCGAUGGAAGUGCAAUCUGUGCUACCGGGUGAACGACUUACCGGAAGAAUUCCAAUACGACCCUGUGAGCAAAUCGUACGGCGACCCGACGCGGCGGCCCGAGAUCAAGUCGGCCACCAUCGAAUUCAUCGCGCCCGGCGAGUACAUGCUGCGCCCGCCGCAGCCCGCCGUCUACCUCUUCCUGUUCGACAUCUCGCAGAUCGCCAUGGACUCCGGGUACUUGCAAGUAGUAUGCGAGACCCUGAAGAACAACCUAGACCAGCUACCCGGUGACGCUCGCACGCAGGUGGGCUUCAUCUGCUACGACUCACACGUCCACUUCUACCUCAUGAGCGAGGGGCUCACGAGGCCUAAGGAGAUGACUGUGCUGGAUAUUGACGACAUAUUCCUGCCGUCCCCCGAGUCGCUGCUGGUGAACCUGGGCGAGCGGAAGGAUCUGGUGAAGGAGCUGCUGGCAGUGCUGGGCGCGCGGCGCAGCGCCGGCGCCGCGGGGCCCUGCGCGCUCGGCGCCGCGCUGCAGGCCGGGUACAAGCUCAUGGCGCCGACAGGAGGUCGCAUUACAGUGUUCCAGACCUGCUUACCGACCAUCGGACCCGGACGGUUAGAAUCAAGGGAAGAUCCCAACGCGCGGUCAUCGAAAGACGUGGCGCAUUUAAAACCAGCUACAGACUUUUACAAACGAAUUGCGCUAGACUGCAGCGGAGCGCAAGUGGCGGUAGAUCUGUUCCUACUCAGCUCGCAAUACAGCGAUUUGGCGACAUUAAGUGGCAUGAGCAAGUUCAGCGGCGGCACGGUGUACCACAUCCCGCUGUUCAAGGCGAGCCGCGCGUGGCAGGCCGCCACGCUGGAGCGCAUGCUCACCAGAUACCUCACGAGGAAGAUCGGCUUCGAGGCCGUCAUGCGCGUGCGGUGUACCAGGGGUAUCUCCAUCCACACGUUCCACGGCAACUUCUUCGUGCGCUCGACGGACCUGCUGUCGCUGCCCAACGUGUCGCCGGACGCCGGCUUCGGCAUGCAGCUCGCCAUCGAGGAGUCGCUGGCCGACCUGCAGCAGGUCUGCUUCCAGGCCGCGCUGCUCUACACUAGUAGUAAAGGUGAAAGACGGAUACGAGUGCACACGCUGGCGCUGCCCAUCGCCAACACACUCACGGACGUACUGCACUCCGCGGACCAGAUGUGCAUCAUAGGACUACUUAGUAAAAUGGCCGUGGACCGUUGCGUGGACGCGUCGAUGUCGGAGGCGCGGGAGGCGCUGAUGAACGUGGCGGUGGACGCGCUGUCGGCGCACCGCCUGGCGCAGAACCUGCCGCCCGGCGCCGCCGGCCCCGCGCUGCACGCGCCCGCCGCGCUGCGCCUGCUGCCGCUGCUGCUGCUGGCUUUGCUCAAAAGGAAAGCGUUCCGAACGGGCACAUCGACGCGGCUAGACGAUCGCGUCGCCGACAUGUGCGACAUCAAGUCACUACCACUACCACAACUAAUACGCGCUGCCUAUCCCCCUCUCUAUCCCAUACACGAGCUCUGCAAUAUGAGGGAAGAGGACCCCAUGCUGCCGCAGCUCAUGCUCAGUGCGCAGAGGAUAAACGUAAAUGGCUGCUACCUCCUCGACGACCUGGACACGAUGAUCAUCUACGUGUGCCACGGCGUCUCCCCCGCCUACCUGUCCGAGACCUUCGGCGUGGCCGCCUUCAGCCAGCUGCCUGACGAAGCCAGGAGUCUGCCUGCUAUAGAGACGGACGCGAACGAAGCGCUGCACGCCUUCAUUGAGAAGCUUAAUGAGGACCGGCCCUAUGAGUCCGGGAUACUUGUUUUAAGAGACAACUCACCCUCGCGGCAGCUGUUCAUCGAGCGGCUCGUCGACGACCGCAUGGAGUCCUCCUUCUCCUACUACGAGUUCCUGCAGCACGUCAAGCAGCAGGUCAAAUGAUAACGUCAACACGGUUGACUAGGCGUUUAUACAUAUAGUUUACACAACUGGGAAUAAGUGAACCUUAUUGCAAAGAUGUAAGGUCUAUUAAUGAUCAGUUGAACGUAGUGUUUGUUAAGACUCGAGCCGUUUGGGUCCUCUGCUUUAAGUCACGACUCAGUUUAUCAGACUUGCUCAAGUUGCUCAGGGGGCCUAGCCAAGGUGCCAAUCGUUGAUAAAUUUAAAUAAUACAUUUUAUGAGUUUUUUGAGUUUCGACAACGUGAUUUUUAACUUAUUGAAGACCCGGAGGCCUAGCCAAGGUCACAAUGGUACAUCUACAAAAGCCAAACGAAUAGAAAAAAUGUAUGGGGAUGACAGACGCUACGAAAAGUCAUGUGACUAUUUCUAUACAUUAUUUAAGUUAUGGAUUGUGGAUUUAAGAGGAGAAAUCUCUUAUGAUAGAACUGUUGCAAAAGUGUCCAGCUGUCAGCUAUAAAUAAUAGUUCUCUCCAGAGUAGCGCUAGAAUAGCUAAGAACCUAGGCGUUAUUGACGGAGUGAAGUGCCCUGCCUAUGAUUUGAUUUUUUUGUUCAAGUACUCUAGGUAUUGUAGCGCCACCUAUUUAAGGUUUUUUGAUGAUACUUUUUGGUAUAUCGAGGUUUCUUUCCUUACCUCCACCGGCCAUAAUUUAAGUUUAUCAACGAUUGUCAUCUUGGCUAGGCCUGCGCAACUUGAGUCCUUUUCAAAGAACUCAUUAUUUAAAAAAAAUGCAUUGUCUGUAUGUAAAAUUCAUAAUGGGUUAUUAAGUAAAGAAAUCAUGCGAUAUCCCUCAUUUUCUUUACUGUUAUUUAGGUAAAACCUAUUAAAUGUUGAUAGAGCCUUUAAUCCUUAUGAAUUGCGCUUAAAAUACUUAAUAAAGGACUGGACUCGGGACUUAAAAGACUCUGAAGUUCCGUAAAAACGAGUCUAGUACAGUGUCGUCUGAAAAUAUCGAUACGAAAAAAGUGCCAAAAAUAUGUAUACACUACCUUAAUAUAUGAGGAAUAUUGUCGUGUAUACAUACUUUUGGCACUUUUUUCGUAUCAAUAUUUUCAGACGACACUGUACCAACAUUAGUCGAGCGUGUGUUACACAUCGCUACGUGGCGUUGAGGUGACAUUUGUGAAGAUUAUAGCUAUACAAAGGUUAUUUUGUGUUAUCUGCGCUUUGGUUGAAUCACGAGUGUAUUUUGUCGAAUUCAUUCGUUUGAACAAUACUUUUCUGAAAGAGAUUCUAUGUUUUUAUUUUAAGAAAUCUUACCUAUUAUUCGUAUUUAUUUUUCUUAUUAUAUUAAUAAUUGAGAUUCCUUCAGAAAUCGAUUAAACCAUCGUAUGGAACGCGGAUCCGCGUACGAGGAAACUAUUAGAAAAAAGAAAUCCCGGCACACGAGAAGUAAGUUAAGAGAAUGUUACUAGGACGAAUGUAUUUUCAAUGAAAAAUGCCUAUUAAAGAUAUCGUUUAAAUUACUAUUAAAUAAUACAUUGAAUCUUAUUAUUUUGGCUAAACUUAGAAAACAUUAAAUUAAUACUGAUAAUUUAUUUCUAAACUUGAGAUCGUAUCGCUUGAAAACGCUACCUCAAUGCUAUUUUAUGGAUGUGUGCACGACUGCAAUACCAGCUGAACAACAGCUACCGGCCUUGAAUUUGUUGAAUACUUGCUGAACUGUAAAAACGUGACCCUUCAUUGUAACAUUUGUCUAAGUUAUACGAAUUAUACUGUGGUUUAAAAACUUGGCGACUUAUUACUUCUCUAGUUUCUCAAUAGCUGUUAUAGAUGAGCCCCUUAUGUAGUCCCCACCAUUAUUUCGGAGCAAUAAUAGGUCCUUUCAAAUAUCUAAACACGAUUAUUGUCAAGAAGUUAGAUUGCUAGAUCAGAUAUUUUUGGGAUUGUUGGUUAUUUUUGGUUCAACUUUGUGAACAUGCUUUUUAUGUUUUAGUUAAGGCGGAAUAAAACUUUCGGUUGAUAAAACUUUACACGGCACGUUUAAAAAAGCAGCGGCGCAAGAUUUCGCAUUAAAAGUUAUUUUGUCCGUCACAAGAAACCGUAAUCAGUUUCACAGAAAAGAUGUUAGUACGCAAUUCGAUCGUUUAGAUAUAUUUUAACUCCCUUAUUCAUAAACGUCUACUAAAGUUGACAAGCCGCUCAUAAUCGUUUGUCCCUUUCCAUCAUACCAAUACGUCGGAAAGGGACAAACGAUUAUUAGCGGCUUGUCAACUUUAGGAGACGUUUAUGAAUAAGGGGGUAAGUCGAUUACACAAUUUACUAUAUCUCUUAGACUUAUGUGUUAGACCAUAAUACGCUGAAAAUGUAUAGAUAUAUUAAAGUUGACGAGUAGUUUAACGAAAUAUUUAAUUAAAUUACUAUAACUGUAAAUAUUUAUGGUUAAUUUGUCAAAUAUAGUGUAACUGAAAUCACACGCUUAAAAAUAUUGACACAGAUUAUUAGGUACUUUUUAUUUUCGACCAUAUUACUAUGGAGGUGUGGUCGAAUAUUGAACGCAUUCGCAUUUGAUUCUAUAUUAUUAAGUGUGUGAUUUGUUAUGUAGAUCUAUAGGUAACUAAGAUUAUUCGACUACAAGGAGUUAUUCCCAUUGGUCCUAUAGAACAAAGAGGUAUGGAUAUAAGAUAUAAAUUAUGAAAAAAAAAAACUAUGUCAACGGCAUUUAAUACACAUUAUGUUGAAAGUAAUGUUGCAAAAUUUUGAUCUAAGAUCGAACGAAAGAAAAGCAAUACGGUAUGGAUCAGCCCGAAGAAGAAAUAUGUGACCGAAACUGGAAAACGUCCCACUUAAGGUUAUUCGUAUAAAAAUAGUAAUCUGAUUGCAAAUCUCGUCUUUACGGCAAGCGACAAAGUGGGACGUUUUGCCGGUUUCGGUUACAUAUAUAUAUAUCGAGUUCUAUCUUAAUCGUAACAACACAUGUAUCUAUUUUUUUGUUUUUAUAUACAUAAGUAACAAUUGUUGGGACUAAGAAAGGCUUACUCAUUAUUUUUACAGAACCAAUACAGGUUGUUAUUCCAUGGGGAAUAGAACGAAUGGGAAGCACUCACUAUAACAAGAAGAUACUAGCAUAAAAGAGACACUGCCAGACAUAUAAAACACAUACAGCUUAGAAAUAGUAGCAGUUAGGGAUCGAAUUGUCAAGAGCUUAUAAAGGAUAUAGCCACAGCUUGCUGUUGUUUUACUUAUUUUGCAAAGAGCUAUUAAUCACGGCUACUUUUGCAGCUGAGCGAAGCGUUUCAAGUCAAAUACAGUCCUAUUGCAGAGCCUCCAAGAAAAAGUAAUUAGUUUGCCUGUGUUUCUUCGUUUCUAACCUGUUAAUUUGGCAGGCCUAAAGAACCCGAAAAACAUUGACGCAAAGAUUGGAAUUGCAUCAAUCUACUUCAACAGGCUUGUAAAUAGCUUGUACGUCAGCUUGUCAGGGGUGCUUCAUCGUCUUAGGGCCACUUAACUUGUUUCCCCAAACAUUUCUGCGUAAGCUGAAAAAGUCGCCGUGUUCGACGACGCUAAGUGUCUCUUAUAAGUCAGUAUUGUUACGUUUACUCGAGCCAUAUCUACAGAGCAUUUAGUAUUGUAGCUCGAAGGUCCUGGACUUCUAGGAGUACUGGUACUCCAGGGUUUGCACUCGUGCAGUGUUAUAGGUAGCAAGAACCUUCUGAUGUAUAUUUUCUCUGUACCUAUCUUAGUUCAAGAUUUAUAAGGGUACCAUAAACGACGGCAUCUCAUAAACUGUUACAAAAGGGUGUCAUUUUCACAUUGUGUUGAUUUACUUCAUUUAAUAAGAAAAUAUAGGGCCCCUGGUUUACAGGCACAUUUUAAAGUUGCUUUUCCUAAUGGUAUACAAUUUUGACAAGGAAAACCAUACUCGCGACAUGAGGGCGUCAUAUCUUGAUGACAUUAGGUUUUCAAACCGAGUAACUGGCUCCUCAGUCAUACUUACAGGCACUGUUUUGCUUUUCGCAAUUGUGUCAGUGAUUUAGAAAUAAAGUUAUUUGUAUCAGAACAUCUUGUGAUUUAAUUCAAACGCUGUUCAAAGGAAAGGCUGUUUUUAUAAACUUUGAUUUGAAUUAUGUUGUGGUUUGUAAUGUAAACUGAAUCAUAUUAAUUUAAUUUUAUAUUCUUUUAACACGGAAUGCUUAAUCUACAGAAAUGCUAAAUCUAUAUCUACAUUUCAAACAACAGAUAUUUUAACAGCAUGAUGAUAUUUCAACUGAUAUCAACAUUUAUAUUUGUUGAUAAGAUGUUUGUUGCCUUAUCUGACUUUAUGAUUGUAUUAUUCUCAAUGACUUACGAGUCAAUAAUAACAUGUCAUAGAAUAACGACUGAAGUCAUUGUGACAGCUGAAAAGAUUAAAAAGGAAAAUUAAAGAGGCGAUAAGACUUGACAAUCGAUUUGGUAUAGUCUGUUAUGAACACAAAACAGAAAUGUUAAGAACUAAGAAUUUGGAAUUAUAUGGAAACGCUUUGUACAGUCAGCAGCUGAAACAAAUGCGCUCAUAUUCACUAAACAAUAAAGUUAUGUAUUUUUGAACACCUCACUUGCCUGCUCAGCAACUUUGCUACUGUCUGUACGUUUAGCGUUUUAACAUUGUCAACAUUUUUAUAAGCUGUACUUGUCGCAAGAUCACUUUAUAGCACAACGCUGCGCCGAAAACUCACUCGGUCGUUGGUGCAAAUAUGAUUCCGCAUUUUUUAUGUGCAAAGUGGUAUCCCCCACGAAUAUUUGGGCAUUAAAUCUAAGUGAGACGGUAACCUAAAUCUUGGCGGAAUCUUAAAUAUAAUUGCGAAUAGAGUAAGGCUAUGAUUGUUUUCAAAAAGUGGAGGCUAGGAGCAAAUUAACGCGUUAAUCCACUGAGCGAAGGGAAGGCCUUUCAGUCAACUAGGCGCAUAGAAUUUUAAUUUGCUCCUUGCUUUUUUCUGAGGUGUCUCGGUUAUGUUUCGAUGUUGUGUAUAGAAAAUGUUAUCGUUUAUUUGUAUGUCGCAACCUCAACGCUUUAAUCAACGCGAUGGCACUAUGUUAUUUGAGACAUUUUCCAUCCUCACAGUGAAAUGAAUAUCCUAAAACAAAUAUACAUUACACUCUGGGGAAGGCGAGGUGUAAACGGUACUUUAAAAUGGUUUAUUUUCCAUUUCGAAUGCCAGAUGUGUAUUUUUAUUAUAUUUCGGUAGUAGGUGUAUCUGUAAUUAAUUAGUUUUAAUCCAUGUAUUUACUUGAUAUUACUUCUAUUGUAAAUUUAAUAGAAUUAUUUAUGAAAUUUUAGGUAGACAGUUUUAUACUGAAAUGAGGUCGGGUGAAACAUGGAGAUAGAAAUGUCCAGAAAUACAAAUACAUGUCGAAGUAUAGGAAUAGUUAUUAUAUUGCCAGAUAUAUAUGUUUCAUAGAUGCAGAUAAGUAAGGCUAUGCCUUAACGAAUAGAAAUGUUGACGCCGUAUUUCGACGCUUUUAUACUUUACCGUGGACGUCCACUACGGUAACGGUAUUUUGUGGUCAUCAACGUCUACGGUAAUUUAAAAGUGACUGCAUAUCUCAUAUAUUUACAUCGAACUUUUCACAUUAUCCGAUCCGAUAUCGGACACAGGAUCCUUCAAUCCGACAUGCCGUCCCUACGUCUCCACAUUCACGCACACAAAUUUAUCGGUCCGACAGUUGACGUGGGUCCGAAAUGUCUGAAAUUAUCGGAAGUGCCAAUCCGAUAUCAGAUGUAGGGUGGGCCUUAUGGGAAAGACAGAUGUUAGAGAGUACACUGUGGCAUAAAGUCCGCCUUUUUUGGGGAAAACACUCUAUUUUGGCAAGCAGAUGAGCUGGAGGCAGAUGAUUAAACGAAUAAAUAAAUAGAGAAAAACAAAUAUUAUACAUUUUACUUCCAUCCGAUAUUCGAUAUCGUAUCGGGCAAUGUGAAAAUGCUUAGUGACGGUAAACAUGCCGAUGACGUCUAUGUAAAGUACAGAAGCGCGUUUUGGCUGAGCAUCGCUUAAGCCGCGUCGCUCCCAGUAGUUGACUGAAUGAACAUUUUAUUGCCACUGUUAGCCGACUGAACUCGAAAGCCUUGUAACUUGUUUCAUUAUAACGAAUCCAAAA